UUUGGUUACAAAAGUCAGCGAACGUUUGCGUAAUAUUUUACGUGAGACAGUGAACGUGAUUACGUCAGUCAGGCUUUGCGUGGUUGUUGUACAAGCAUGAGGCGCAUACCCAGUUGCAGUACAUUAAAGAAUAUCCGUGAAAUAGGUCAAUACUUUCAUCCCCAUGCCUCUUUGACAGCUUGCUGUCGAGCUUUAUUUUCUCAGUCCUUUUGCACGAAAUCUACGAGUGAUUCUACAGCCAUGGAUCUCAGUGGCAUGCGGAAAAUAUACAAAGGAGAAGAAGAGUGCUUUGAGGAGAAUCAGCUCGUGUCUCUGGACCCCAUCAAGCAGUUUGGAGAUUGGUUUGAUCAAGCCACAAAAUGUCCUGAAAUUGGAGAGCCCAAUGCAAUGUGCAUCGCCACAUCCACUAAAGAAGGACGUCCAUCUGCUCGUAUGGUCUUGUUAAAAGGCUACAGCAAUGAAGGCUUCCGCUUCUUUACCAACUACGAGAGCCGGAAAGGUGGAGAGCUGGAGAGCAACCCUUACGCAUGUCUGUGCUUUUACUGGGAGCCCAUCAACAGGCAGAUCCGUAUCGAGGGCAAUGUGGAGAGAAUCCCCUACCAGAGUUCCUGUGACUACUUCCACUCCCGGCCCAAGAGUAGCCAGAUCGGGGCCAUUGUGAGCAGACAAAGCACUGCCGUCCCUGACAGAAAUUACCUGAGACAGAAAAAUGUGGAGCUGGAGGAAAAGUACAAGGACACAGAUGUCCCAAUGCCUGACUAUUGGGGAGGCUAUAUCAUCAAGCCUUACAUGAUAGAGUUCUGGCAGGGUCAGACCAACAGGCUACAUGACCGUAUUGUUUUCACCCGGCUGAAAAAUGGAGAGAGUGUUCUAGAAGAGCAUCAACAUCAUGCAGAGGCGGGCUGGGUGUACCAGAGGCUAUCCCCUUGACAAGGACGGUUAGGGGAAAUGGACUAAAGAGCAGGCUGGAGAUUGGGCCUAGCGUACAACUCACUCAUGAUGUCAACAUCAUCAAUCAAAUCACCAUCAUUUCAAUACAUUAGGAACAGUUUGAUGUUGAAUACCUUAGUGCUAUAUGAUGUGUGUCUUAUUAAGCCAUAAUUUUCUGUUCUGAUCAAUUGGUCUUCGUUUUAUACCAAAUAAAGGAGACAUUUGAUGGUUGGUUAGGAGGCCUGAUUGUCUAUUGUCUCCAAGGCAACAACGGAACAUGAUUAAUGUGAUGCAACUAUGAACUAUACAGUCUGGCACAUAACCUGUGACACAAGGUUUUACUAAUCUGAAUAUGCUAUACGGAAUGCUUUGGAUUUUCUGACUCAUGAAGUGCAAAGUCUGUCUAGAAGAGUAGUCACUGUUUGGUAAUGAUUGACAGAAAAUCAGCAAUGUGUUUCCGCAGGCCUCAACAACCUCUAGAAACUGUACUUGUAAAAAGCACAAUCUUCAGUACUGUGUCUGUUAUUUAACGUUCGUACAUGAGUUCCAUUCUAUUGGAGCAGGGAUAGCCUACAUGUUCUGUCUAGCUGCUAAUAUGUCUUUUAAUGGCCCACAUCCACAGCAGUUUCUCUGUCAUAAUGUAAUAACGAUAGCCUAUUAGGCUGAGGUCCCUGUGUUGAAUUUGUUAUGGAUUGAUUCCACAGGCAAUCCAUGUCUGUGAAUCAAACUGCCUUUGAAAUAUAGGUAUGUUAAGGUAUAUUAAGGUGUGUGUAUAUAUACACUGCUCAAAAAAAUAAAGGGAACACUAAAAUAA